CCGAUCGCGGUCGAGGCAGUUCCGUCCGCGAUGUCUUGGUGUUCGCGAGUCCUUUUCCGGGGGAGCCCCCUCCUGCUGACGGGGCUGGUCGCGCUCGUGGUGGCCGGGGUGGCCGGCGCACCCCCCGACGGCAUCUACCCGACACUGCCGCCGCCCAUCGGGGUGCCCGUGCGCAACCCAAAGCUCCCCGCGGGCAUCUGCGUCGUCUACGAGCGGAACCCUAACGUGACGACCGCCCUCAACGGAACUGCGACCAAGGUGGCGAACCUCACCGGCGCUCCCUCUGCGUCGCUGUUAUUGGCCAAGGGCGACAACAAGACGCUGGACCUGGUUGAGGUGCGGCGGUGCUGCGAGGGCUACGAGAAGACGCGCUACGGCCGCUGCGAGCCGCUGUGCCCCAAGGGCUGCCCCACCGGCAGCAACUGCACGGCGCCGGGGCUGUGCAGCUGCCUGGGCGACAAGGUGCACGACCUGGCGGGCAACUGCGUCGAUACCUGCCCGCACAGCUGUCUCAACGGGGUGUGCGCGGGCGGAGGCAAGGGGACGUGCAAGUGCGACGAGGGCUUCCGCGCGACGGAGGACGGCCGCCUGUGCGCCCCGCACUGCGAUGGCUGCGUGGGCGGCAACUGCACGGCGCCCGGCGUGUGCCAGUGCAGCCCGGGCUUCGUCAAGGACGUGUACGGGCGGUGCGUGCCGUCCUGCAAGGGCGGCUGCCUCAACGCGGACUGCACGGGGCCGGACCAGUGCACCUGCCACGUGGGCCACGCGCGCUCCAGGACGCGGCCCAACGUGUGCGAGUCGCAGUGCCCCGACGGCUGCGUCAACGCCAAGUGCACCGCCCCGGGCGUCUGCACCUGCCUGCCCGGAUACAGCCCGUCCGGUAACUUGACCGUGAGCAAGCGCCGCUGUGAGCCGCGCUGCACGCCCGGCUGCGUCGGCGGGGAGUGCGUCGCGCCCGACACGUGCGUCUGCAAGAAGGGCUUCACCCUCGUCAAGGGGACCUGCGUGGCGCACUGCGACCCGCCCUGCGUCAACGGGGACUGUCUGCAGGCAGGCCGCUGCACCUGCCACUCGGGCUACGUCAAGGACCCGCAGGACCCCGCGGGCGCGCGCUGCAACCCAUUCUGCCCGAACGGCUGCGGCAAGGCAGGCCACUGCGUGGCGCCGGCCCAGUGCGCCUGCGAGAGCGGCUGGGCGCCGGAGGGCGGCAAGGGCGUGUGCAGAGGCGUGUGCACCGAGAGCUGCGUCAACGGCGCCUGCGUGGGGCCGAACAAGUGCGACUGCAACCCGGGCUAUCGCAAGGACCCCUCCAUCCUGGCGGGUAACGUGUGCAUCCCGGAGUGUCCCGAGGGCUGCAUCAACGGCGACUGCCUGUCCCCCGGGCAGUGCACCUGCAAGUUCGGAUUCCACCUCGACCCCAACGAUCCCCGAAGCCGAACUUGCGUCUCGGACUGCCUGGACGGCUGCCCCAACGGCGUCUGCCGCGGCCCCAACGACUGCGUCUGCAACGACGGCUUCACCAAGUCCCCGAUGGGCCGUUGCGAGGCCAGCUGCAAAUCGGGCUGUUUCAACGCCGACUGCACGGGGCCGGACACGUGCACCUGCCGCGCGGGCUACCAGAAGGGCUCGGGCCCCGCCAACGUGUGCGUGCCCAAGUGCGCGGCCGGCUGCGAGAACGGCGUGUGCUCCGGCCCGGACUUGUGCAUCUGCAAGGCGGGCUUCAAGAAGGACAAGGCCAACAAGGGCAAGUGCGUCCCCUUGUGAAGAGCUCUCCAGUGAAUCGAGGAGGGUGUGAAAUAAAACCGGCCGCUUCAAUAACACAGUUACUUUAUAUUUUUGCCUUAGAGUGUACAGGAUUUUGUAAAUUACGAAUUAGUUUUUUCUUUAAACAGAGGUAUGUCACAAGCCUCACAAUGCUGAGAAGGUGAGAUCCUUGGUUAUACUGAGUUAGAGAUGAAACUUGUUUCAUCAAAAUAUCACUAAAUAAAUACUCCAGAGUAAAAGUCA